AUGAGCUCCCCAUAUUCGCGACAAAGAUUCGACCCCCGCCACGACUCGACCCGCCCUUCAUCCGCUUCCUCCCACGCCUACACACUCCUUCUCGAGCGCUUCUCCCCUCCGAUCCUCGUCGCCGCCCUCGUUCUCCUCCUCACCAUCCUCUUCAAUCUCCUUCGUUCAGGUGCCCUCGCCUACCAGCUGCAGGCUCUGGCCGUCUUCUUUUGGGAUUGCCUCGUCACCGUAACCCCCGCCUCCGUCAUCGCCUUUGUCGAUUCCUGGGUCAACCCGCCAAUGUUCCCUGGUCUUGCCCCUUCCCCGGGCCCCAAGACACACGCCGAAAAAAGCGAAAAGAUGGCGUCGCUUCUGGGCGUCAACAGGGCCGCCGGCGCCUUGAGAACAUCUCCCCCUUAUCUCGCCAAUGCCCUUCGAUCGGGCACCGCGAAGCGAAAGGAAAUCGAGGCCGCCAAGACUUUACAGGACCUCAUCGCUGACCUGAAUGACGCUGAAAACAAUGGCCGAACCUUGUGGACUCCCAGAGUCCUCAAGAACAUGAGCUCCUUUGUACAGCAGGAUGCGCAAGAAUACUACUCAAAGCUUCUCGAUGAGAUCGACAGCGAAAUCGCAAAGUCCGUCAAGGCGGCCGCAGACACAGGAGGACCCACUCAGCAACAGGGCUUUGGCCCUUCGCCUCCAGCCACCGACAACACCUCUAGAGAUGACAACACGAGCCAGCACAGCGACGACAGUGGCUACGGCAGCGCGCCCUGUUCUGUCUCCUCCAAGAUCUCGGCCGCCUCCAGGGUUCCUAGGAAUCCCCUUGAGGGUCUGCUUGCCCAACGUGUGGCCUGUGUGCAAUGCGGCUACUCUGAGGGCCUGUCGCUCAUCCCGUUCAACUGCCUAACCCUCAACCUAGGGGUCAACACGCCCGGCCACGAUCUGUACGAGAGGCUAGAUGCCUACACCGACCUUGAGUCUAUCGAAGGCGUCGAGUGCCCCAGAUGCACCUUGCUCAAGCUACAGCGUCUCCUGGGUACACUAGCCGAUCGCUUCCGCCAAACUCCGCACUCGGAAGAGCACCUAGCCCGCGUCGAGGCCCGACUAGAGGCUGUCAACCUCGCUCUGGAGGAGGAGGAUUUCACCGAUGAAACUGUUAAAGAGAAGUGCAAGGUCACCCCCGAAAGCAGAGUCAACGUUGUCAAGACCAAACAGGCAAAUUCGGCCGCGGUCCGCUUCCCUACCGCGUUGGACCUAGGGCCUUGGUGCCUCGGUAGCACCACGGGCCGGGGUAGGAGCGCUUUUGAGAAGCCAGGCGCCGAUAUCGACGCGGCCUCGCUGGGUGGCGAGGAAAAGUGGAUUCUCGACCCGCGCGUGUCCAUGGUGGCGGGCGAGAACAGGAAGUCUGCGAUUUCCGGUCCGAUAUAUGAGCUACGGGCUGUGGUCACCCACUAUGGCCACCAUAAUAACGGCCACUAUAUCUGCUACAGGAAGCACACCGCCCCCGCCCCCGCCCAACCCAGCGAGCCGAAACAAGGGCAAUAUGCUGCGUCGAAGCUCGAGGAGGAGGAAGAGUCUGGCUCGAGCCCGCUUGCAGACGAAAAGGCGUCUCAAACCUCGGCGAGUGAGCAGGUGGAUGAUAGGACGUGGUGGCGCCUCAGCGAUGAGUCGGUGUAUAAAGUGGAUGAGGAGAUGGUGACUUCUCAGGGCGGCGUCUUCAUGCUAUUUUACGAUUGCGUCGAUCCGGCCCUCGUACGGACGGAUGGCGAGCUUCCAGAGACGCCCAUUGUUGCGCGAGGUGACGGGAAAAUGGAAAUAAUCGAGGGCUAUGGGGCAGGAGAGGACGAAGGGGAGGAUGAGACCCUCGUGGGUUCCCAGAGGUCGAGCAAUUUCGCAUCGAGGGCAGGGUCCGUGGACCCGGGCGAAUCGAUCAGAGAGGUGUCUCCGGCAUCUACGUUAGUCGGGAGGGGCGAGAGCGCCGAGCCUGUCAAGUGGGGUGAAGAAGGUUGGGCAGCUGGCAGAGGCUUCGUCAAAGAAGGAACAAUAGAAGACGCACCUGCGUCCGCGGCGCCAGCAUCCGAUGCUCUUCCCGAGAGGAGUUCACUUUAG